AUUGCGUCGCGUACAUUUGCGAUUUUACGAUCAAAUCUUUAUAAUGACCGGCCGCGGUAAGGGAGGAAAAGGAUUGGGAAAGGGAGGCGCUAAACGCCAUAGGAAAGUUCUUCGUGAUAACAUCCAAGGCAUCACUAAACCAGCUAUCCGUCGAUUAGCUAGACGUGGUGGAGUUAAGAGAAUUUCUGGUCUGAUCUAUGAAGAAACACGAGGUGUUCUGAAAGUAUUUCUCGAAAACGUCAUUCGUGAUGCGGUUACUUAUACUGAACAUGCUAAGAGAAAAACUGUAACGGCUAUGGAUGUCGUUUACGCUCUCAAACGUCAAGGAAGAACUUUGUACGGAUUUGGUGGUUAA